UGCUACAGUUCAGUACUCAAACGUAGUCAGGAUUUUUCUACUACUGGCAAGGCUACACUCAUGUCAUCCUGAAAGGUACCGAAGAGAUACUUCAUUGCUACUUGUGAAAGAGCGUCUUUCAACCACAGGACAGAAUAGACAAAGAGGACUGCAGUAAAAUGCAACAAGUGACCAUGAAUGUGAAGAAGCAGUUGUUGUCCUUAUUCUGUUUUUUUCUGCCUUCUUUGGGACUUCUGUUGAUGUGUACCGGGAUCUACCUGGUGUCCCAGGCGAACGUGCAUGAGAAUGCUCUGAGGGUCAUUUUUCUGUAUAUCAUGAUUGGCUGUGGCCCCCUGGCUAUGAUCACUGGGGUCUGCUGGGGCCUCUGCUCAGGCAUUAACACCGAGAGAAUUGGACGUGAGCGACACAUCCAGGUCUUCACUAUUGAAAGACUGAGCUCUUUUCCUCCUUCAUAUGAAGAUUCCCAAGAAAGUCAAGUCUGCCCUGAUGCGUCUCCUGAGUUUAUGGUCAUAGUCGAUAGCACAGACAUGCCGAUGAGCCUGGCUCCUCCGUUGUACAGCCAGGACAGCCCAGAGGCCCCAGACUGCAGGUUUAGCUGGGAGCAACCUCCACCAUACAGUGAAGUUGAAAGUAUUCAGCAGGGACAUAUGGAUGCAGAGGAGCUGAGGGAGCGCUUGUCUGGACACUGAGGGAAGAACAGUUUUUGCCUGACUGGUUGAGAGAAAAAAAGGAAUGCAGAUUGUAGAAGUGGAUGACUUCCACACCAAGCUGAGUGAGAAAGUUCCAGAACAACUGGAAAUGUUUUUAUGUCACUGGAUCGCUCAAGUGCCAAAAGACGGACAGCAGAGAUGUGCUGACAUCAUCUUUCUGCCAUGAAUCUACAACCUAGUGUCUGUCAUCCGUCGGCCUGAGGGUCUUUACAUGGGUACGGCCAGAAUGAGCCUCAGUUUUAAGCUGCAAAAAUUAUUUGGUGUGACCAAUAAGCAUGGUUGUAUUACUCCAGGUGGACAAGGUUUCAUUUAACAAGGAGAACUUACUUUUAUCUGCACUUCAUUCAACAACUGCUGUGUUGGAUGAUUUAUGCAUUAGAAAAUGCAUAAACUAGUUUUUAAAGGUUAAUCUUUGAAGCCUGAUAUAUUGUCAAAGUUGAAUCAGCUUUACUCAGCAUAGCAAACAGGUAAGCUCACUGUCUUUAUCGUCUGUUUGUUCAUGGAAAUAAAAUGUCUUUAUUACAUUUUUAACAAUAUUUACACUACAGUGAGUAACAAAUGCCCAGCCUAUUGCAAACAGAAUAACAUUCAGUUAUCAAUUACCUCUGAAUCUCAGUCCACCAUAAUUUAUAUGAAUAUUUGCUGUUUGUUAAUCAGAAGUUCUUAUUUAACCUUUAUUCAGCUGGGCUAUUCACAGAAAUUCUGAAAACCUCUUUUCAGUUAACAGUAUCGGAACAUGUAGAUGAAACACUGAACAACAUGGCUACUUUUACACUUUUUACACUACAAAAUUUUUGCAUUUCAUAUGAAUUUCUUAGUAGACGCAUUAAUU